CUUCGCAGCCGCGACACACGUCUGCGCUCCGUGGUGCCGCGAGAUCCGCCGUCCCGACGUCUCCUUACCGUCGCUACCGUGCUGAACCCAGUGUGUGCGUACAGUGCUUGACAGUUGGAAACUUUUGGUGUCUCCGAUCUUGGACCAAACGGUUUUGUGAAAUCGAAAGGAGUGUGAUGCUAGGAUUGCGGUCCGGCGGGAAGACGAACUGAGACGAAAGGGUUGGAGUGAGGGGUGCGAACGGACGGAGGGCGGCGCGAGGCCGCGCACGCGCCCGCCGCGGUUCUGUUCGCGGCUCCUGCAUACGCGUGGACACCGGCGCGCGUGAUGGACGACAAGCCGACCGCCGUCGGCGGCGAGGAGCACUACAGCCUCCGCUGGAACAACCACCAGGCGCACCUGCUGCGCUCCUUCGAAGCGCUGCUGCACGCAGAAACCCUCGUUGAUGUGACCCUGGUCUGCGCCGAGCGCCGAGUGCGCGCACACAAAGUCCUGCUUGGCGCUUGCAGUCCGCUGUUCAGGAGAAUCUUCAGUGAAAAUCCGUGCAAGCAUCCCGUGAUCGUGUUAAAAGACUUUCAAGGAUGGGAAGUGCAGGCGGUGGUAGACUUCAUGUACCGAGGCGAGGUAUCAGUGGCACAAGAACAACUGGGGACCGUGAUUCGCGCGGGAGAAUCCCUGCAGGUCCGAGGGCUGGCUGACCAGGAUCGGGAAGAGCAGGCGAGGUCGCCUCCGCCGACACCGCUGGCGAGGAGUCCGGUGCAGACUACCCCUCCAGCGCCCUCGCCGCCUGCCAGCCCCGCAAGCCCUCAACCACGACGUAAACAAGCUCGACCCAGGCGGCGUUCUGGAGAGUCGGACACCCCAGAAAACUUAUCAAUGCGACGUUCGCCUAGUGGGGGAUUAAAAGCCGUUCGCCUGUCAAGGCCGCGGUCACCACCAAAGCAGGAGCAGGAGGAGCCUGAAGCAGAAGUCCCGCCGCCGCCGAGGAUGUUCCCACCGCACCAGGACAUGUUCCCGCCCGUGCCACCAUCUGCAGUCUCAGCACUUUCACUAACACCCCCUCACAUGUUCGGGUUGGAUUCUCCGCUGGGACUGUUUCCACCGGGCAUGGAGCACAAAAUGUACCCACUCAUGGACGUUGACCAUCGCGGUCCACCACUGGACACGCACCUCUUCGCUAAUGCCAAGAAGAAAUGGAGGCCAAAAGGACAGCACAGCGCGCCUCGCGGCGGCCCACCGCGUUCCUGGACAAACGCAGAACUAACAGAAGCCCUGCAACAUGUUUGGAACAAAAAAAUGACCACCAGCCAAGCUUCCAGAAUCUUUGGCAUACCCUACAAUUCGCUCCUCAUGUACGUGCGCGGCAAAUACGGUAAGAGCCUCAAACUGGAGCAGCUCAGGAAAGACUGCAUCGGCGGUCCGAUGGACAUGCUCAACAUGAACUCUGGUAACAACAAUAACAACCAUCCGCCAAAACAUCACGAUAAAGAGGACCAGCAUCAGAAUACCGGCCAAAGACCAGCGAGUUCUGAGCCCGAUAUAUCAUCCAACCCAAUGUUCAAUCCAUUUCCGCAAGGGUUCUACCCGGAGUUUCCGCCAGGGUUUCCGAUGCCGCUGAAUAUGCUUCACUUGUUGCCGCCGAGUGAUAAGGCUAGGGAAUUGUACCAGUCGAUGCCGAUGGCUUUGGAUUCUUUAUCGGGGGUGACGAAAGAGGAGGAUUGCAAGAGUGACAGGUCCAAGGAGAACUCGGCAGAUGAGGAAGGAGACACUUACCGUGCGCCGUCACACCCCCCGCAUCCACCCGAUAACCGCACCCUGCUGCACCACAAUGGACAAGACUAGAUCUCGUAGCAACUUCUAUUAGUUGAAACUUGGAAUCUGUUUUUGUGUUAAUUGGAGCAAAAUUGCACUCAAAAACUUAAGUAAAAGGAAUUGUUUACAAUAAUUGCAGUUGCAAUUAUUAUAUUAUUUGAGUUUUUUUAAGUACCAAUUGAAAUCUCAAAUGAAGAUGAUUUUUGUUUUCAUUAGAGUUGAUUUUUGUUCUUUUCAAACAACAAAAUGUGGACUUGCCGAAAACGUUUUCGAGUUCCAUAAAUCUUGGCUCACGGCGACCACGUGAAAUUAGUUAAAUUUAUAUUUAAUGAUGUGUUAAUAUUGUAAAUGUAUAUUCGCGUAAGUGAUAGCCGAUAAUUUAUUCCGAAGGAGUGCAAUAAGUAUGAAAGGUGUUGUGAUUGUUAUAAUUAAGACGUUCCGUUUCACUUGUUCAUAUUAAUUAACGUUGACAUUCCGUUCCAACAUUCCAAUUUUCUUUACGAGUUUUUGUACGUUAUUCCCAUUAAUGUUAGAUGCAUAUUCUUAUAAUUUAUUUUAAGUAUAGACUCUUGCCUCUAGAUACCCCUGUUGUGUUGACACUGUAGAUAUUACGUGUUAAAUGUGCGAGUACACUUCUGCAUUUCACCAAAGUUUGUAAAAUAUUUCGUAAUGAUAGUUAUAUUCGAUUUUAUAUGUAAAUAAAUUAAUAAUAAAAUUAAUGGGAGGUAACCAUUAAGACAGUAAGUGUCUAAAGCGGUAAAUAGUAGUGUAUUUGUAAUUGUUGUAGUACUAGUGAAGUGGUUACAGUGAACGUCGAUGUAUCGAUGAAUAAUAUCGAUAAGUAUAGCAGAAGGGUCCGCGACGCACUCGUCACACUCUUUCGGAAAAACAAAAUACAACUCAUUUUCACUAUCUCAGGAGUAACAAGAAAAGCUUAAAACAAUACAUUUCGUACGUUCAUCACAAAAUUAUAAACAACUUUAAAGUACCUUAUGUGGUUUCUUUGUCUGGUAUUAUUCACGACAAAAUGGAAAAACCCCAAUAACUAGUAACGACGGCGCAGAAAUAUAUGUACAAGGACAUUUUAAGGAUAGUAUUUGUUCCCUUACAACGUGUAAGAAAAGAAAAACCGACACAACGACUCUCAUAUGUUUUUGGACUGCCAUUACUAAGAUUUAUUUUUCUUCAACCAAGAAACAAAAGACAGUGCUCGCCAGGAAAAGACAAAUAAAGAAUCUGCACUCAAUGUUCAAAUAAAAAGGAGCUUUUCAAUAUUUUAGUGAAUAAUAAAAAAAUUAGAUUAAAAUCACCCCUAUCUGGCUUUAGAUAAAAAUGUAUACAAUGAUUUCAUAAUAUUAGUAACACCAUGUGACUAGAUAGAUCACCUAUCAGUGUAUAUAUUAUUUGUAUAUUAUAACUAUGUUGUUACAUUAAUAUUUUUCCUUUUAAACAAUGAUGCUAUGAACAUUCCAAAUGUAUGUUGUUUCUCUUAGGUAUCUUAUACAAUGACAAUGCACACUUUAAUUACGUUACGUGAGGUUUCAGAAUACCAUUUUAUCACACCAAAGAUGCAUUAUGUUGGAUUUAUAAAUAUUGCAAUAAAGAAGUACAACUUAAACCUGUAACCAAAUUAUUCACAAACUCACGACCGCAUUUUAAACCUAUUGAACGAUUUAUUAAUCUAAAAUUGUGCAUCUUCGUAGAGAACACUUAAAGUUUAUAAUUGAAACUGCAAAUUUCAGAAGACUGACACUAUUUACGACUCUAUUUUAUAAAUUGUACAUUACACUUAAUCACAAUAGAGUUUACUUUGGUCACUGUACCACGUACUUUUUGUGUUACAUCAUACAGGCUACCGUAUAUUGAAUUGUGUUGUUAUUAAUUUGCAAUUGCAAUUCGUCGAAUUGCAUUUUUUUAAAUUACAUGAUUGUCUUGAGUUUUCGACUAUAAAUUUUCACUUUUAAAACAUUUUUAAUUUAUUUAUUUUUGGAUGGUAUCAUAGUGACUAUAUCAUCAAAAUGACCUGAUCAGCAUAAGGAUGUGGCCUAGCGAAAGUAAAAUACGGGAUCGGUGACAUAAAUUUAAUAGAAGUACAAAAUGAAAGAACAAAAGACUGUAACAAAAAUACAAUGAUAUAAAAAGGUACAACAGUAUAAAACACUCUCUAAACAGUCUUAUGAACAGUCCACUUACUCUAAGAGGCGCGUAUUCUAAUGAUGAGAAAGAUGUAAAUCACGUGAAGUUAGGGUUUUAAAUGAGGAUACUUCAUGAGCACGUCCUCUCGCUUUAUGAUGGGAGUGAUGAUGGAAGGAACCAAAAUUAGAAUAACGAAGAAAAGGAAUUAGAGAACGAUUCAAAAUUUCUAAAUGGCCAGGAACUAGAAAAGAUGAUAAAACGAUGGGAUAACGAUGAAGGAGAUCACAUCGUCACAAGGAGGCCAGGUCAUUUUCAAGAUAUAGUCUUUAUGAUACCCUUUUAAAUAUGCAAGUGUCCGAAACGAUAAACAGUGAGCAAAGUAAACAAAAAUCUGUAAAAGCAGCAACUUCGUACAGUAGUUUAUACACAUAGUCACAUCAUAAUAAACAAUAUUAUCAUUACAGGGAUUUUAUAUAUUAACGAGUUGUAUAUUUGAAUAUGUACCUAUAGUUUAACAGAUUCU